AUGGUCGAAAAGAAGGAAGAUCCAAACGGUCAUGCCGACGAAAAUGGUAUUCAACCCAGCGUUUCUAAUACACAUGGCCAGUCUGAGAUCCUCAAGUCGACCCAAGAUGGAGUCCUCGACGAGGCAGCGACAUUUCUCGCUAAUGCUGAUGCAUUCCCGCCCAUGACACCCGAGAUGGAGAAACGAAUCGUUAAGAAGAUCGAUGCUUGGAUGAUUCCCUUGGUAUGGCUCCUGGAGGUCUCUGUUCAACUACAUGACAUCAAUCUGAUGAUUGAGAACUCACAGCUCCUCUUCACCGCAACCCUCGGCGCAGUCGACAAAGUCCAAAUGGGAACGGCGUCUCUUUACGGAUUCCAGACAGACAACAAUUUUGUUGGUCAACAGUAUAGCUGGCUUGGAAGCGUUCUCCCUCUAGGUGUGAGUGAAGACCAUCGAAUUACUCUGACUCGAGUUAUCUUCGCGUACUUCUCCUCGGUUUUCAACGGCUUCUUCGCCUGGCUCGUAGGCAAGAUCCCAGAUUCAGCCCCUCUCCUGAAGUGGCAGUAUCUGUACCUCAUUACCGGAACCAUCAACGUCCUCUAUUCAAUCUUCAUCUGGUUCACGCUACCAGAUAGCCCGAUGAACGCCCGCUUCCUGACCGACGAAGAGAAGUACCAUGCGACGAAACGUCUUGCAGCCAACCGCACGGGCAUCUCCAACAAGGUCUGGAAGUGGGACCAGGUAUGGGAGGCCCUUUUAGACAUCAAAAUUUGGAUCAUUUUCGUCUUCAACAUCUUCAUCAAUAUCCCGAACGGCGGUCUCGUCAACUUUGGAAGCAUCAUUAUCAACAAUCUUGGCUUCACUUCGCUCGAGGCGAGCUUGCUAACCAUGCCGUUUGGCGUUCUCGCUACGUCUAGUGCAUGGGCCUUUAGCUAUCUUGCCGCGAGGUGGCAUAAUCGAAGGACGUUGGUGGCGUGUAUCGCUCUCAUGCUGCCAAUCUUGGGCACUGGAUUGGUACAUGGCUUCCCGAGGUCGAAUGUUCCAGCACAAAUGGUUGGACUGUACUUCAUGUACUUCUAUUGGCCUCCUUACGUCGUCGGGAUCUCGCUUCCACAGGCCAACACAGCGGGUCAGACGAAAAAAGCAGUCUGCUUCAGUCUGGUACAAGUUGGCUACGCAGCCGGCAACUUGAUUGGACCCCAAACCUUCCGAGCCGAACAAGCACCUCAAUAUUCGGGAGCCAUUAUCGCGAUGCUGACCAGCUAUGCUGUAUCUGUGUUGCUGAUGCUUUCAUAUUGGCUUGUCGCUGCCUGGGAGAACAAGAGGCGAGACAAGAAGUACGGCAAACCUCAAGAACUGCAGGAAGGAACCGUUGAUGGAUUCGUUGAUAUUACGGAUAAGGAGCAGAAAGACUUCAGAUACACAACCUAA